UUGGAAGAAGUGAUUGAGACUUUUGGAGAGUGUUUUGGCAGCUAUGGCUGCGACCAAGACUCGGACGAGUAGUUUCUCCCGUAAUUUUUCAGGGGCAAGCUCACCUCAAAUCCCAGGACUCAAGCAUGGACCAAAUGGCACCAUGUUCGUUUCAUCCGGGAUUCCAGACCUUCACAAAAUAUUAGGUGGUGGUUUUGCUUUAGGGAGCUUAGUCAUGGUGAUGGAAGAUGCAGAAGCACCUCAUCAUAUGCUUUUGCUUAGGAAUUUCAUGUCUCAAGGACUUGUUCACAACCAACCUCUUCUCUAUGCAAGCCCAGGCAAGGACCCAAGACAGUUUCUUGGUACUUUGCCUACCCCAGGGGUACCGAAAGAAGAGAAGUCUAGCCAUCGAGACCCUGAUCAGGAGGAAGGGUUGAGGAUAGCUUGGCAAUAUAAGAAGUAUUUUGGUGAAAAACAGCAGGGUUUUGAUAGUCAAAAUGGCAAACAUGAGUUCUGCAACAACUUUGACUUGCGGAAGCCCUUAGAGAGGCAGUUUCUAACGGGCAAGCGAAUAGAUUGUGCUAGUAUUUUCAAUUCUCCAAAUCUUGUCACACUUCAUGAUCGUUGUGCUACGUUUUUAUCACAAUUUCCUAGAAAUGACAGCAACAUUUCUUGUGUUGAUCGGAUUGCCAUUCAAUCAUUCUGUGCUCCACAGUGUGGAUAUUCCAACUUGGAAUGGGACAUGCUUUCCUUCCUUAGAUCACUAAGAAGCUGGCUACGAUCUUCAAAUGCAGUUUCCGUUGUGACAUUUCCACCUAAUCUUCUUUCAUUAUCCUUGUCUACAAGAUGGCAGCAUAUGGCGGACACCUUGCUGUCAGUUAAAGCGAUUCCAGAUGAGGACAAGGAAUUGGCAACGCUUCUUACUGGUUACCAGGACAUGAUUGGCCUUCUUAAUGUGCAGAAAGUAGCACAAAUUAACACACAGGUUCCUGUCAUUCUUGAUGCAACUACCUUCUCAAUAAAGCUGCAAAAGCGGAGGUUUUUGGUUUUAGAAUGUCUAAACCAGGCCCCUGUCGAUGGUUCUAGUGGGAGUUCAUAUGGUACUUCUGGUAGUUGUUCUGGGUCCUCUAAAGCUGGAUCUCUUGAUUUUUAGAAUGUGAAAUUGUGAUAGAGGAGAAAUUCACCCUUUGGAGUAAAAUCUUAAAAUCAUGGAUCCAUCAUUGCAGAUAACUCCAUGCGUGUUUGUACCCGAUACAAGUUUUUUUUAAAU